AUGAUAGGAAGCAUUGAUUGUAUGCAUUGGGAGUGGAAAAAUUGUCCGACUGCAUGGAAAGGUCAAUAUACACGUGGAUCAGGAAAGCCAACAAUUGUCUUAGAGGCUGUAGCUUCAUACGAUAUGUGGAUAUGGCAUGCGUUUUUCGGACCUCCAGGUACAUUAAACGAUAUCAAUGUUCUUGAUCGAUCACCGGUUUUUGAUGAUUUAUUACAAGGUCGAGAUCCAAAAGUUAAUUACAUUGUCAAUGGACACAAGUACAAUUUGGCUUACUAUCUCAAAGAUGGUAUUUAUCCAAAAUGGGCUACUUUUGUCCAAUCUAUUACACUUCCGCAAGGUCCUAAAGCAUCCUUAUUCGCUACACAUCAAGAGGCUGUACGUAAAGAUGUCGAGUGUGCUUUUGGGGUCUUGCAAUCUUUAUUUGCCAUAGUCAAAAAUCCAGCUCUUUUGUGGGAUAAAAUAAAAAUUGGAAAGAUAAUGAGAGCAUGUAUCAUUCUACAUAAUAUGAUAGUAGAAGACGAACGAGAUGGGUACACUCAGUAUGAUGUAUCAUUUUUCGCACAGCCGGAAUCAAACCAAACUUCAGAAGUGGAUUUCACGUUUUCUACAGAUAUGCCUUCAAAUCUCGGCAAUAUGAUGCCAUUCAGAAUCAAAUUCGUGAUAGAACAAUACAUCAACAAUUGA